UUUUCCUUUUGGUGAAAUCGCUGGCGUCGUCUUGCAGAAGAACCAAGAAUUUUAAAGAGAAAAGUUGGCGUGGAUCUUUUGCAAAGAUUAUUUUCAGUAGUGGCAAAACGUAGAGAACUUGUGUGUGCACAUCGUUGUCCGCUAGUGGAACUGUGAACUCAUCAAAAUGAGCGGAUACGCCAGACCCCCGCCGAGAAUUGACGGCAUGAUUUCGUUGAAGGUCGACAACUUAACGUAUCGCACCACCCCGGACGAUUUGAGACGCGUAUUCGAGCGUUGCGGAGAGGUCGGCGAUAUUUACAUUCCCCGCGAUAGACACACUCGCGAAAGCCGUGGAUUUGCCUUCGUACGAUUCUACGACAAGCGUGAUGCUGAGGAUGCACUAGACGCCAUGGACGGACGCAUGUUGGACGGCAGGGAGCUUCGCGUCCAGAUGGCGCGCUACGGUCGUCCAACAUCGCCCCAGCGCCGUGGAGGUGGCAACAGGCAUAAUGGACGGGAACGAGGACGUUCCCGGGAGCGUUACCGUCGUCGGUCAAGGUCCCGCAGUGCCGAACGUCAUCGACGCUCGUAUUCACGCUCCAAGUCCCGUACCCCACGCUCACGGUCAGGUAGCAAAUCAUCCCGUGGCAAAGACUCGCGCUCUCGCAGCCCUGCUGAUCGUGCAGCUCAUUACUAAGCUCCCGAAGCGCAGUUUUUCGUGCAAGUUCGACACAGUGCCUGCUGUUUAGGUCUUGCGCCAGAGAAGAGUCUUUUAAAACGGACGACAGGCGAUCGCCAACUAUCAGAGGGCAAAUGCGGUUGCUGUGCGCUCUCCUGCUGCCUGCAGAUUUGCCUAUCCAGAAUCAGUGUUGCGUCCUAAUGCUGUUUUCCGUAGCGGGUUGGUGUGCUGUGCAGCUCUUUUCCGCUCACGCUUUGUGGCGGAGCGGCCGAUAGGUGAGAGGAACGCGGGCGAAGAAGCAGCCAGCAGGAACGUACGAGAGGUGAGGAGACACACGGCGGCGGCGCGUGGUGCUACUGCAUCAUGCCAUGUCCGCGGAGCUACCUUUGAAGAUCGCUCUGCAGAUGAUGCUGUGUAUGCUGGUUGGCUGACUUGCUCGCAGAGAGUACCCGGGGGUUACCAUAGUGUUAUCGUUAUCGAAAAGGGAGGAGUAUCCGGUGCUGCUAUUGACGACAAGCAGCGGAGCAGGGGUGUUCCAGUGGAUUCGGGCGAAAAUGGACGACUGGUGGAGUUCUUCGACGAAAGAGCAUCUGUCAGGAGAAAGGAGAAAGGCCCGUCACGUCGUCACACAGCCUGUCUACGCAGCUUCUUCCAGGGAGCAGUACGGCGGUGAGCGACGGUGAUUCUACGUCUCAAUGGUGGUUGGCGGGGGCGGCUUCGGCUGCAUUCACCUGUGCUGCUGGUCGUGCUGCUGCUGCUGCUGCUUCUACUGCAACUGCUGCUGCUGUCCACUACUGCCGGUGCUGCUGACAUGGAUGCUGGUGCGCUGGUACUGGUGGUGGUGGUGGUCGUGGUGGCGAGGUGAAUAUUGCAGCGGGUGUUCUUGCAGCUAUUAGCUACCAGUGCUGUCAAACUGCAUUUCCCCUGUAGCCUGCUUUGGCUGUCCGUUAGCUGUCCGGAAGCUGCUGAAGAUACUUAGUCGAUCGAGCAAAAUGAGGAGAAGGGGGCACGAGAGGACGAGAGGAAAAGAGACUAUGGGAGAACGCACGACGGCGGUCGGAGAUUGGCGGUUGUAUUCCUUGCCCUGCUGCCGUUGCUGCGUCGCGAUGAAAGCAUCACUUGUAGCAGGAUUUUGUGUGUUUUUCUUCUCUCUUUCUUCUUUCCUUCCAGCUGGAGUAGUAUUGUAUGAGUUUUUAUCUAGUUCUCCUUUCUACUCCUCCUACAUCUCCCUUUCUCUGUCUCAUCCUCUUUAUAUCUUAUCCUUUAAUAACCCUUUCCCAUGCUAUGGUAGAUAUGUUUUUGGUUUAAUUUUGAUUUCUUCUUUUGUCACCAUCGCGUGUCAAAUUUAGACCACACGAUACACCUUAAAACACGUAGCUCGUGGUGCCACUUAAUCCAACACACACCUUCUAUAGAAAGUUUUAUGCAACUACGCUUCAAGUUCGUGUUAGAUCUGUGUCUUCGAUCGCAGUAGCAGUUGAAUAGUAUACUCGGAUAUCGUCCUGCAGUUUUGACCGAUUACGCAUCACGCAUGAUCGUACCGCAGUUCAGCCGAACGGACUAGAAGUCAAUUUUUUGUACAAAAGACAGAACGCGCUAUGAUGGCUGAAGAAUGCAGAGGUGUGAGAGAUUCUACAAGUUUUACAUCUCAAUGCCGCCAGGCAAGUUGUAGAGUGGUUCGCAGGAUUGGGCCGGCGAAAUCGAUGGAGAGUUUAUCGGAUGGCCGAGAUUUGAAAUCAACUUUCUUGAUUGUAUCACUGUCGACUACUUACGUUGAUGCUGACGGGGAAUGCUGCCGGCAGCUGCACAUCGACAUCAUCGUAUCGACGUCCCUCACCACUGCUGUUGCUGGUCCGUCCAUGAAUACUGAUUGGCAUCAUGUUGUGGCAGUAGGCUGUGGUGCGUCCUUGAAAUGAGAUGCCCUCGCUUCCGAUGGAUGCUUUGUUUCCCGUUUCAAUGCAAAUACGAUCAUGUUUGAUGGAGCCGCGUCGGAUGUUUGAUGGAUCGAGCGUGAACGUUACCCAAUGAUUCCAGAACCGUGUCCAAUAGUUUGCAGUUUUAUAUUUACAGAUUUCUCUUCAUACAAAAAAUGAACAUUUAUAAUUCAACGACAAAAGCUUUGAACGACUCACAAAACCCUCCAAACUCCACAACAAUCAAUCGCCUGUGACAUUCGUGGCAUCUCCAGCGCGAAGAAGCCUAUGCGCUCGGAAUGGAGCUCCCGAAGAGGACAAUGGACAACGUGUAUCGGUUGUCGCGGAGACGCCCGUCUGGAAAUAGCAAUUCAUCGGUCUUGUAAGAAUAUGAAAAAACACAUUUAGCUUUUAAGUUAUCGAGACAACGGCGUCAUAUAGAUAUGGUACUACAUCUGGCGCUAUCGUGCUUCAUACCCUUGCUAAAAUCGUAACGGGGAAAUUAAUGGUUCUUAGGAAUACGGCUGGUGUGGUCUAUUUUUCGUUUAUAAUACGCUGCAUAUUCCCGAUCUGGGAUGAUAUAAGUACGCAUUUAAGAGGUAAUGAAAAAUGAAAAUAUUUUUAGUGAUUACCAGGCGUGUCCAUUUGGACCGUAUCGAGGAAGAAGCAGAUCAAUCUAGAGCAGUGAAAAACCAGCAAAACAAGCAGAGAACACAAAACAAUCAGCAAAAGGGAAUGGUAAGGAGCUGUACUAAGCGUAAUAAUAAAACUGGCUAGGAUUUUAGGCGUCACGAUCGUUGGCGUCGCCCGUUGCAUAGUCAAGCUACACACAUCGUACUUUGCGAUCCGUUUCCCGCGCAUCCCACGGUCUACGCGGAGCCCAGUUGCAGUCGAGCCUUUACUCUUAUGAAUGUACAAUCGUAUCAGAAAUGUAUCCUGGCGCAACGCGCAACCAACUUCGUGGGAAUACGACGCAGGUAGGUGCAAUGCUCCUGGCUGGGUUUCUGUUCCGUUUGGGAUGAUGCGUUUUGGAAGCGUGACGAUACGAUAUGGCACCUCACAACCUUUUGUCCUUAAACACUCCUGUCCUGCAUCUAAUUUUGCGAACUAAAGUUCGCUAUCACACGCGAAAACAAAGAGAACGUUAAAGGUUUUUUGAUAUGUACAACUAGUUGGUAGGAAUUAGUUUGCUGAGUAUUUUAAGUGUGUAGGGAACAACUACGUCCUGCAGGGUGUGAGUAGAGCUAGGUCCGCGGAUGUGGAAGCCGCAAACCUACGAAAUGCCGGAACAAAAGUUAACAGCCGGCACUUGCAGAAUAAAUUUAUCAUUUUCGCCGAA